AUGCCGCGUGUUGGCGAUCUCAUUUUAUUUGCCAUUUUCGUUUCAACGGCAUUCGCGAACAAUGCGACAAUAAUCGAUGAAGCGAAAAAUGAGACGACGUUGAUCGAAGAAAUCGAACACAAACAGCUUCCGACGCGCAAUUUUUUUGGACCGACGACAAAAAAAGAAAUAAUUAAGAAAUUCCGAUCAUUGGUUUCCGAUUUUCUCACGGAUCAUCAAAUAUCAAAAAUUAUCGAUUUCGCUGCUUUGAGAAUGCACAAUGGAAAAUCUAUCGAAGAAAUUUCAGAAGGAAUUGUCAAAACUCUUGGGAAGGAAGGCGCGAAUUCAAUAAAACGUCGAAUUCUUAAAGUUCUCGCAUUUUCGCUGCAACCACUUGCUGAACAGAUAAAUAAAAAUGCGGUAAGACCUUCAAUGGCAUUUGCGCUAAUAUCGGAGACGCUGAAUGCUCGCUUCAUUGACAGUCUGAAAUCGCUUAUUCACGAUGUGCUAUCGAAAUCGGAAUUGGACGCCGUUCACAAGUUCUACUCGCCGAAAAUUAUCAACAUUUAA